AUGAGUUGGCGGGCUUUCAUCAAGCCCGUAUUUGUUGUUUGCUAUUCUUUACUUAUAUGUAUUACACUUCCUUUUCUGAUUUUAAAGUUGUACGAAAAAUCAGCUCCAGCAAUUGUCAGCGCGUGGUUUGUCGCCGGACUCUUUGUUCUAGGGGCAAUACCUAUAUCACUAUGGACCAUAAUUGAACACAUGAUCAAUUACACCAAUCCACUUCUUCAAAGACAUAUUAUCAGAAUCUUGUGGAUGGUUCCGAUUUAUGCUGCUGAUGCGUGGAUGGCACUGAUUUUCCCUUCAUUUGCAAUUUACUUUGACACGUUAAGAGAAUGCUACGAAGCUUAUGUCAUUUACAACUUUCUUGCUUUCUUGCUUAAUUACUUGAGGAGCGAGUUUCCUGACUUACGAUACGUUAUUGAGCAGAAGCCACAAAUGAAACACUUGCCGCCGUUUUGUUUCUUAAGCUCUUGGAAAAUGGGAAGAGUAUUCAUUGACCACUGUCGUCACGGGGCUUUGCAGUACACCGUCAUUCGUCCACUAACUACUGCUAUUGCACUAAUAUGUGAAAUGGUUGGCGUUUAUGGUGAAGGAGACUUCAGCUUUCGCCACGCGUUCCUUUACUUGACUAUUGUAAACAAUGUUUCUCAAAUCUGGGCACUUUAUUGUUUAGUAAUGUUCUAUCGAUGUACUCGACUAGAAUUAAGUCCAAUGAAACCGGUCGCCAAAUUUCUAUGCGUUAAAUUCGUUGUUUUCAUGUCUUUCUGGCAGUCCAUUUUAAUCGCAGUACUUGCUGCUACUGGUGUUAUCAGAAAAGUGGAAGCCUGGAAACUAUAUGAUGUCCAAUCUAUUGGUAUUGCAUUACAAAAUUUCGCUAUAUGUAUCGAGAUGUUCAUUGCCGCAAUAGCUCAUCACUUCUCUUUCACUUGGACGCCAUAUGUGGACCCUAAUUCGGAACCAACGAGUUGUUGUUACUCAUGGCGGUCUAUGUGGGAUGUGUCUGAUAUGCGACGAGAUGUUGUAGAACAUGUCAGACACAUCGGUCAUAGUGUAAGACAUUUUAAUUUCUCCUCCGACCGUCAACUUUCACGUUGUCGCAGACUUUCAGGAACUUAUCACCAAAUUGUAUCCCUUGACGCUGAUGAAGUCGAUUGUAAUAAUAUCGUAUAUUGUGACAACGAAACUAACCCUCUUCUUUCAAAUCAAGAAUCCAGUUCCGAAGUAGGAAUUGAAUCUGAAUUACUUCGUGUUAGAAAUUCCAGUGAUAAUAUUCAAACGGAAAAGAUAUAUUGUAUUGAUGAAUCAGAAUUUGACCUUAGAUUCAUACUUACUUUUCUAAUGUUCGUUUCUUCAUCCAUAGAACCAAAGCACUCUAGUUGCGAUGAAAGCUUCAUUAUUCCUGGAACACCCGAUUCUACUAACAGAACUUUGGGAGUUUCGUUAAGUGGUAGAGCAGCUUUAGGAACUGUUAACAUCGAUAAGGUUUCAUCUCCAAAGUUAUGCAGACGGAAAGUUGUUGCUCGUCGUUCAUCGCUUACAGUUCGUCGUGAUGAGAUUUUACGAUCAAAGCUGCAUGAUUUACUUUCUAGUGAUCCCAUCGAUAACAAUGAAAAUCAAAAAAUGCGUUCUAACAGACAAGCACAAGUUUCCGCUAAGCUCCGUCGAGGAAACUAUGACCUUUUAAAUUAUGCUCCUCAGGAUCAAAUUGUUAAAACAACAUCAAAGGACAGUGAAUUUAGUGAUGAAAUAUCUCAUCGUUAUGCGAUUACUAGUAACCGUGCUAAAAUGAUGGUUUCCACGGCAUUGCUUACUUGUUCGGCAUCGAAGCGUAAAGCAACUGACAUUUCAAAUGCACAUUCCUCAGAUUCAUUAAAUUACCGAAAGCUAAACAAAUGCAGCGUUUCUAAUCCUGAAGAUACAAAUGUACCAAAAAGGGAUACAAAUUCAAAACAUUCUGUUACUAGAGAAGUCCACCUAAAUAAUGAAGAAUUGUCUACAUUAGAUGACAUUUUAGACCAACUUGUCAAAGGAGAUAACCUACCUAGUUAUAAGCAUAUUGAGAAAAAAGCAGUCACUCUAAAUCCACCACAAAUAUAUUGUCAUAAUGAAGACAAUACACAAUCCUCUGUACAUGAUGAGACGUUUCAGUUACUGAAUCUAAGUGAUUGGUCACCUGUUAAGGAAGAGUUCACUAUGUUAAAGCAACAGCGUACUGUUGACGAUCAAUUACUUCAAAUUCCGGACCAAUCAUUUUUACGUGGGACUGUUGUGCAAAUAAAUAACAAAUGUGACCAAAUUGAACUAGUUGUUCAAUUAGAUGAUGUUAGUGGUACAACUGAUAAUCGAACCAAAAUGAAUGUCAUACUACGUGAUUCUUGGUUCGAUACAUCUAUUCGAAUAAAAGACAUUAUAAAUAUCAUUCUAAAUGUAUAUGGUGAUAAAAAAAAUCCUGUACAUAAUAAUUCUACUGUAAUUAUAUCAGAUGAUAAUAAUAAUAGGACUCGUAAUGAUUGUACGGCUAUAUGUUUAAAUCCAGAUUAUUUAUUACCGACUACAAAAGUUGUUAGUAGUUUAAAUUGUUUAAGACGUGUAGUAUUGGAAUACUUUUGGGUUACUGAUGGUGGUUAUAGUGAAGAUAAUGAAAUUAAUGUUAUCAAUUCAAAUCCAAUAUAUAAUUCUCAGUCUGAUGUAAUGUUGACCGGUAGUUUAGUGCAUGAACUUUUUCAAAAGAUAAUUUCUAGACCUAAUAUCCAAAGAGAUGAUGCUUUACAAAUUGUUUCGGGGCUCAUCUAUCGUCCUUCAGUAGUUCUACAAAUGUACGCUUCUGGUAUUGAACCGAAAACUUUGUUUGCGAAAUUGGAAGAGUUUGUUCCGAAAAUUUUUGACUGGACCCAAACACACUGUAUUCAACACUUACCUUUUCGUAAUGGUGUUACCACAGUUAACCAAGUGAAGGUAGAAGAUGUUAUUGCUAUUGAAGAAAAUAUUUGGUCGAAUCGUUUGGGUUUAAAAGGAAAAAUUGACUCGACAUUAUUGUGUGAAAUUCCUUUGAUUGGUGAAUUGAAACCUACGUUGAACUUAAUUCCUAUGGAAUUAAAAACUGGUAAUCCAACUUAUUCAAUCGAACAUAAAGGUCAAGUCUACUUAUACCUAAUGUUGGCUAGAGAAUUUUACGGUGCUUAUUACAGUGCCCCUAAAUAUGCUAAAGUUCCAGUUGCGAAUGCUGGCUGGCUUGUCUACCUAAAGGAGCCGAUAAAACAGAAUUUUCAAAAACACAUUUCCUUCACAAACCCAGGCAUUCUUUAUCCAGAUAUUAACAGUUUUCGGGGUCUUAUACAGACGAGAAAUAGGCUCGUUUCAGGAAUUAUCGAUCUAUUAAAGUCAGCUGAUACUUCCCACGAACAGCUGUGUGUUGACGAACAGAAACUUAAGUUACCUAAUUGUAUAAAUCAGUUACGUGUUUGUCAAACUUGCAGUUUACAGCUUACAUGCAGCUUAUUUGCAGAAACUCCUGCGAAACCAUGUUCGGGUGCAUAUGAUUCAUUUUCCAGUGUUCACAAAAUUCUAAUAAACCAUCGGUCUCACCUUCAACAAGAACACAUUGAUUUUUUUAUCAAGUGGUCUAAACUCUUGUUAACAGAAUACUUGGAUAAUGAACGCUUCGAACAUGUAAUUGGAAAUAUUUACAAAACAUCUUUAAAAGUUGACAAACCCAUCACUAAUGGUACUAUUCGUGGUUUACGUUUAGUGAAGACGAAAAUUUCACAAAGUUCAUUAUCUGGUGAAUCUGAAGUUCAGAGUUGGUUUAUUUUACACAAAUCCAUUGAUCAACCUUAUGAAUCCUUACUAUCCUUUUCAAGUCUGAAUAUUGGUGAUUUUGUUAUUGUCAGCAGUGAUGAUUCUCGUUUUAUGGGUAUUGAAUUAGCAACUAUAGCUCCAGUUGAAGGAUUUCAUGAAGUUGAUUUUACUAGUCACGGAUCCGUUUCACCUCUGUCUGACUAUAAGAAAAAUGUAUUAUCUUUGAUUUCAACCAGGUCAUUUCCUGAUCGAAUUCAAUUGUUUCGUGUUGAUCGUUAUGUGUCAAUGAAAACGAUCCAGUUGAAUCUAUCGAACUUAGUGGGUUUAAUGAGGAGUUCCAAAUUAUGUCAUUUACUACGGGAGCUUAUCAUUGAUGGUCGUAUACCGGAUAUGUUAAAAACAAUAUCUAAAAAGAUCGUCAAAGAAAUACGCCCUAUUCUGAAACCAUUGAAUUCAAAUCAACGUGCGGCUAUACUGCAAACACUUUUUUCACAAAGUUAUAUUCUUAUCAAAGGAUAUCCUGGAUCAGGAAAGACAGAAACUUUGAUAGCAUUAUUACGUGUCCUUAUUCUGUUAAAGAAAAGAAUUCUUGUCACAGCACAUACUCAUUCCGCUGUCGAUAAUUUACUUUUAAGAUUAUGUCAAACUGGUGAAACUCGUGUUAUAAGACUCGGACAAAUGGAUCGAAUACUCCCUGAUUUAUUAAAUUAUUCCUUUGAAUACAAAUUGAAUACAUUUCUAAAGUCUAAUGAAAAACCUAAAAAUAAUAUUAUUGACUAUAUAAAUAAUAUUAUGGCAGAUGCUGUCGUUGUCGGAUGCACAGCUUUAAGUGCAAGUGGAGGGAAUGAUCUGCGACAUUCAGCUUUGACAUAUCAAAAAUUUGAUGUUGUCCUAAUUGAUGAGGCUAGUCAAUUAAUGUUUCCUACUACUUUGGGGCCAUUACUGUGCCUUACUGAAGAGCAACAACCUCUUGACUCUAUAAAAUGUUGUCGUUUUGUACUGGUUGGAGAUCCUUACCAGUUGCCACCUUUAGUUCGUAGUCAAAAAGCUAGACUUGGUGGACUGGAUCAAAGUCUCUUUUCAUUGUUACAAAGCCAUCAUGACCGUGACAAUAGUCCAUUAACAACAAAUUCAUCAAUAGACCUUUCAAAAAAGGGAUACGUGACUGAAUUAACAAUUCAAUAUCGUAUGAAUUCUAAGAUUAUGGCAUUAUCCAAUCAUUUAAAUUAUAAAAACAAAAUGUCCUAUGCCAAUUCAUGCGUAUCACAAGCUACACUAAAGUUAAAUCCUAAUAUCACCUCAGAUGAAAUAUCGGACAAGUUGCCAUUAUGGAUAAAACGUGUAAGCAGUCCACUUAUUUCGGAUUCUGUAUUGCUUUUAGAUACAAAGAUGCUUGAUUGUUGCAGCUUUUCUGCAAAUGAAUCUCGUACAUCAAAUUCUAAUCCGACUGAAGCUCAGUUAAUUAUCUAUAUAAUAAAGCAAAUCCAUCAUGUAUUUCUUCUCAGUAUGGAAGACAUUGGCGUUAUCACACCAUACAGGGCACAAGUUUAUUUAUUAAAAAAUAUGAUGAAAGAGAAUUCAUUUGGAACAAUUGAAGUAAAUACAGUUGACCAAUUUCAAGGUCGUGACAAAAAGCUGAUUUUACUCUCACUUACCAAUUGUCCAUCCUCAUUUUUAAGAACAAGUGAAAAUGAGUGUAAUGAGUCAAAUCGAAAUCACUUACUCGAUGAUCUCCCUCGCCUAACUGUUGCUUUAACUCGUGCUCAGCAUAAACUGAUCAUCAUCGGCUGUACUGGUCAGCAUAAUCUGCCAGAAAAUAAUUCAAAUCAGAUAACAAACCUUCAAAAAUUAUUUUCUUUUAUUAAAGCUAUGAUUGGUGGUUAUGAGAUUUUACCUUCAAAUACUGUUAAAUGGAUCAAUACCAGUGAAUAA